AUGGAUGCAUUACAAAGCACAUUUUCAUCCAUGAUGGAACAAUUGAAUGCAAAGAUGGCUGUUUUUCAAAGUGACUUACAGAAAAUAAACACAACACCAAGCACUGUGACUACAUUAGCGGCGGACUUUGCAGUAUUUCAGUCAUUUGUAUCCAGCACCUUCUGUAAUCUGCAGCAGCAGUUGGAAUUGCUAAAUCGUCAAAUGGACCAAUUUGAGAUGCGUAGCCGUAAGAAGAUUCUGUUAUUUCAUGGAGUCCAGGAGUCCAGUGAAAGCAACGCAUCACAGGAUACUGUGAAGGUCGUAGCGGAGAAAUUAAAUAUUCACAAUUUCUCAGAAGUCAACAUUAGUCGGUGUAACAGACUUGGCCGCUCUUCUGGUGAUAAGCCUCGUCCUAUUGUGGUGAAAUUUACUGAUCUUGCUCUGCGUAAUAAAAUUUGGUUCGCUAAAACUGCAUUGAAAGGUACAGGAAUCACAUUCUCCGAAUUCCUGACUAAAGGAAGACAUGAUGCGUUCAUGAAUGCGCGACGUCACUUUGGCAUCAAGAAGUGUUGGACACGCGACGGUUCUGUGAUUAUUGUUGGAAGUGAUGGUGCUAAACACCAAGUUACUACUGCUGCUGAAGUAAACAAUAUUAUAAACUCUCAAUCCGACAAUGUUUCGGCUGUAUCGCAGCCUGCAGUUUCGGUUGCGCAGGAAGCUGGGAGCACUGCAGCACCGAAGGUUCCCGCUGGGGUAGCGGCUCGCGCCAAACGUUUCGUCAGAAAGUGA